AUGCACCCGGUUGAUGAAGAACACAUCUCUUUUAUCACAGACAAAGGCCUUUACUGCUAUAAGAUGAUGUCCCUCGGGUUGAAAAACGCCGGGACCACAUAUCAAAGGCUCGUCAACAAACUGUUUGUAGACCUCAUCGGCAAGACAAUGGAGGUCUACGUAGACGACAUGCAUGUGAAAAUGUUGAAAGCUGGGAAGAAAUUCAAAUGGAUCGAGAAAUGUGAAGAGGCCUUCCAGCGCCUGAAAGGGCACCUAGGGCAAGCCCUCCUUCUCUCCAAAUCGAAGCCCGGCGAGAUUCUUCAGCUGUAUUUGGCCGUCUCCAAUGAGGCCAUCAGUGCAGUUCUAAUCCGAGAAGAAUGGACCACCCAACUCCCCGUAUACUAUACAAAUAAAGCACUACUAUCACCGAAAACCCGUUACCAUGAUAUGGAGAAGCUCGCUUUGGCCUUGAUCACGGCUUCCAGGAAAUUGAGGACCUAUUUUCAAGCCCACACCAUACAUGUGCUAACAAACCUUCCCCUGAGACAGGCUAGGGCGGCCAUCAAGGGCCAAGCCUUGGCUGAUUUUGUGGCAGAAUUUGCCAAUUUACCCGAGGUGGAUGAAAUCAUGGAAAAUGCCGAGCUCCCUACGUGGAACUUAUUCGUGGAUGGAUCGGCUAGGGACACCAGUUCAGGUGCCGGAGUUGUCCUCAUCAGCCCGGAAGGUCACAAGUUGAACUCAGUUGUGAGGUUCGGGUUCAAGGCCACCAACAAUGUGGCAGAAUAUGAGGCACUUCUUGCGGGCCUCAGAUUAGCCAGAGAAAUGCAAGUGAAGAGGCUACUUAUUAGUAGCGACUCCCAACUGGUCGUUAGCCAGGUAAACAGUAACUUCUUAGCCAAAGAUAAAACCAUGGCCUCCUACUUGAAAAUGGUGAUGAACCUUGUCUCAUCCUUUAAAAAGUUUGAGUUGAUCCAAAUCCCCCACGAUGAAAAUGCACAUGCGGAUGCUCUCUCCAAACUUGCUAGUGGCAAGGACUCCGAACUACUCACAAGGAGCUUCUCCUCUCCACUCCUUCGAUGCGUGGGAGGAGAAGAGGCUACCUCCAUCUUAAGGGAAGUCCACGAGGGAGUUUGCGGUAACCACUCUGGAGGUCUAUCUUUGGCGCAAAAAUUACUGAGACAGGGGUACUAUUAG